AUGCAGUUGUCUCCGCAGUCCAAGACACCAGACACUGUGCUGGAGUGGAAAUAUAUUUAUUUAGAUGGUAUAACCAGAAAGACAGACAACCUACUAGAGUCCAUUGACAAGUGCAGAAAUGUUGAGAAUAUCAGUGCAUCAAGUAACAUGCUAUCUUCUUUGCCACAGUCCAUAUCCAACCUGCCACACCUCACAGAGUUGAACCUCUAUAACAAUAUCUUCACUGCAUUUCCCAUAGUACUAUGUGGCUUGACUAACCUAAAAGUGCUGUGCCUGUCUGGUAACCUGCUUUCUGACAUACCAGUGGAUAUCAGCAGGUUGAAGGUUCUUGGAAUAUUUUACCUCAAUCACAAUGCCUUCACUACUUUCCCCAUAGCACUGUGUGGACUGACUAACCUAGUGGAGCUGUACCUGUCCGGCAACCAGCUAUCUGACAUACCAGUGGAUAUCAUCAGGAUGGAGGAGCUUAGUAUAUUCACCCUUGAAAGCAAUGCCUUCACUACAUUCCCCAUAGCACUGUGUGGCUUGACUAACCUAAGGAAGCUGUACCUGUCCGACAACCAGCUAUCAGACAUACCAGAGGAUAUCACGAGGAUGAAGGGGCUUAGAAUAUUCCGGCUCAGUAACAAUGCCUUCACUACAUUCCCCAAAGCACUGUGUGGCUUGACUAACCUAGUGGAGCUGUACCUGGCUGACAACCAGCUAUCUGACAUACCAGUGGAUAUCACGAGGAUGGAGGGGCUUAGAAUAUUCUGGCUCAAUAACAAUAUCUUCACUACAUUUCCCAUAAUACUGUGUGGCUUGACUAACCUAAUGCAUCUGUACCUGGUUAACAACCAGCUAUCUGACAUACCAGUGGAUAUCACCAGGUUGAUUAAACUUGAGAAACUUAUCCUGUAUUACAAUAACAUCACCCACCUGCCACCUCAGAUGAGGAGUAUGGAAAGUCUAACAGAUCUAGAUGUGGCAUAUAAUCCUCUGGUACAACCACCUAAAGAUAUUGCCAGUAGGGGACUAGAUGCUAUUAAGAGGUAUUUGGAUGCAUUAGCUGACACCAAGGCAAUCCAGUCAAGUAGAAUACAGAUCAACUUUCUUGGUGAAACAGAAGCAGGAAAAACUAGCAUUUCACGUACACUGCAACUCGGAACGUCAGCCCUCACAAAGAUGGCAGACAGGACAAGAGUGGUGGAGCAGGGAACAUGGGAGGCUGAUGAAGAUAUUGGUUUCAAUAUCAAUGACUUUGGUGGACAUGAUGUCUACAAAAUAGGACACCCUAUUUUUAUAUCCAAUCGUGGUUUGGUUUUAAUCACUUUCAACCUGUCUACAUACGAUCCAGAAAAGGAGGGUCAUUAUCAGCUGCACAUUGGAGACUGGAUUGACAAGGUGCAAGCACAGAUGCCAGGGAUACAAAUAGCACUAAUUGGAACUCAUCUUGAUAGGGUCUCAACCCCACAUGUAGAAAGAAAAUGCUCUGCAAUAACCAGGCAGCUUGAAGACCAUGCAAAUGAAAAGAAAAAGUGGUAUCAAGCACAAAAGGAGACAUGUGAGAACAAAUUGAAAGAAAUAACCGAAGCCCAAGAGUCUCUCCACCAGGCCUACCAAAGCAAAGCAGCUCAUCUGCAGACCUUGUACGGUCAAAUUAAACCCAUCAAUUGGCAUAUUUUUAAAGUGAGUUCAGAAACCUAUGAAGGAGUUCCAGAGCUGAGAGACUACCUCGUUUCUUUUGCCAGGACAAGUGCUGAAGUUUUGCCAGGAAUGUGGGUGGAUGCAGCCAAGAAUAUCUGCACAAAGAAAAUUGAAGGCUCUGAAAACACACUUGGCUGGGAGGUGAUUGAAGACCUCAUUCUGCUAAAUGCACCUAUACCAUGGAGAGAGAAAAAUUCAAGGGAGGAAAAAGACAGAAUGAUUUGUGACAUCUUAACUUUCCUAGCUCACCGUGGAGACAUAAUAUGGUUUGAUAGAUGCCCUUCACUAAUGAAAGUUGUUUUCCACAAACAAGAGGUUCUUGUGAAUGUUCUCAAAGCAGUCCUCACACAUGAUCAAGGUGAAGUAUCACAGAAGCUCCAGAAGUCCAUGAAGAUUACAAGAAGGAAAGCACUCAUAAUAGAAGAAGAAAUCUUCAGCAGAGGAAUUGUUUCUAAACAAGCUAUGAGCUGCCUAUGUGAGCCUUUCAAAUUGUCGACCACUGAAGUUGAUGCCAUGACAGAACUCAUGAAGAAACUGAAACUGUGCUAUCAAGUCCAGGAAGAUGAAUCCCUUCCAUCCAAUACCUCAUUCCACUUUCCAUGGCUGCUCACUGAAGAAAGACAACCUGAGCUAGACACCAAAUGGCCCAGCAAGGUUCCCCCAGACACCACACAACUUACCCUGCAGGUUUUCGUUCCAUAUAGAUGUCCAGAUGGCUUAUAUGAGAAAUUUUCUGUCCAUCAGCACAAGCACCUUGGACUUUUGAAGACCCUGCGAAUGGAUUGGAAGGAUGGAGUAUAUGCAGAACUUGAGGGAUGCAAAAUGCAGGUGACACGGGAACAAAACCAGACAAAUCCUGAUGCAGUCAGCCAAGAUCCAGACUGGGUUAUCAGCAUUGCUGUCCGUGGAUCACGUCUCUUAGACAUGUGGCGUGUUCUCACACAAGGCCACAGUGACCUCAUGGACAUCAUUAACGAGGACUGGCCUGGGCUGUCAUAUGACAAGUACCUGGUGUGUCCCCACUGUGUGAGUGAGGACAGUGAGCACCCAACCCUCUUUCCUGGAGAGAUACUUGACCAAGUCAUUGGAAAUUCUUCAAAACCAAGACAGGUGCCAUGUGUCAAUACUGGUGUCUCCAUUCCUGCAGACCUGGUCUACCCACCACACCUGGCCAUGAGCUGGCAGGAAGUUUUGCUCAAAGAAAAUCCAAAGCUAUGUGAAAACAUCACAGAACCUUGCCUCCUGGACAUGUUGAAUAUGUUCCUCCAAGAAGGCAUUAUCACCGACCGUGAAGCAGAGACAGUGAAAACUGAGCCCUCAACUGACAGGGUGAAAUGUCCAAAAAAAGUUGCAGUAUUCUUGGACAUUCUAAUCAAGAAAUGUGACGGGGCACAUGUUACACUGUGUCAAUGUCUUCAGGAACAAGGACAAACUGAUCUUCUUGAAUUGAUCCAGUAA